CGGCCUGGCCCAGAGCGGCGCUGUCCCUACCCCCAAGUCCCUCUCAGUGGAGGCCCCACCUGUCCCUGAGAUUGGGAGGAUGGAAAGCUAAACUUUUACCAUCCAGAGCCAGCAGAUUCCAGCAAGUCCCCCACCCAAGGGAGGAACCCCAGCCACUUGUCUCAGCCCUCCUCAGUCCUCAAUCCCACCCAGUCCCCCUCUACCCUUACCAUGGCCAAUUACUAUGAAGUGCUGGGUGUACAAUCAAAUGCCUCCCCUGAGGACAUCAAGAAGGCCUAUCGAAAGCUGGCUUUGCGUUGGCACCCCGACAAGAACCCUGACAACAAAGAAGAGGCCGAAAAAAAGUUUAAGCAAGUUUCUGAGGCCUAUGAAGUUUUGUCAGACUCUAAGAAGCGUUCUGUGUACGACCGGGCAGGUUGUGAUGGCUGGAGAGCUGGUGGUGGUGCCAGUGUCCCCCAUGCCGGUCCCUUUGGUGCUGGCUAUCCUUUUCGAAAUCCUGAGGAUAUCUUCCGUGAGUUCUUUGGGGGACUGGACCCUUUUUCCUUCGAGUUCUGGGACACUCCAUUCAGCGACCGAGGUCGACCCCAUGGUUUACGUGGAGCCUUCUCUUCGGGCUUCGGUGAAUUCCCAGCGUUCAUGGAAGCCUUUUCAUCUUUCGACACUCUGGGCCAUGGUGGGGGCAGCCACUCCACCUUUUCAUCUACUUCCUUUGGUGGCUCCGGUUCUGGCAGCUCAGGGUUCAAGUCAGUGAUGUCAUCUACGGAGAUGGUGAACGGCCGUAAGGUAACCACCAAGCGCAUCGUUGAGAACGGACAUGAACGUGUGGAGGUGGAAGAAGAUGGAAAGCUCCGGUCAGUAACUGUCAACGGCAAGGAGAAGCUCAUGCGGGUGGACAGCAAGUGACAGCCACCUAACCCAUCCCUGGGCCAGCCUAGGGGGCCACAAGGGGCCACAGUAGUCGCAACCUAGAGGUUAAUAAAUGUGCCAAGUGAGUUUG